UCGGCGCUGAACGGUAGUGUAGGCUAGUAGGGGCUCCCUUUUGAGUUGCAUGUGCCAUCUCACGGUCAGGAACAGGGAAGGCUUCAAUUCGACUGUUUGUUAGUAGUCCUAAGAGGCAGAUGUCUGCAGCAGGAAAAACUCCAAUCACAGGUCCCUGAGAGAGUGACAGACGCCUGUGGAACGAACCACCAUGGUACAAGAGAGUGGGGGUGGCUUUACUGAAGCCCUCAUCCCCCAGGGCACUCAACAGAAGAGACCAGCAUUGUCGUGGGGGUCGAAGAUCAAGAAGAAGCUGAAGACUGUAGCUCCCUGCCUCGGCAAAUUCCGACCAUCAGUAGGACAAUGCUGCCACCAGUGUACCCCUGACAGCCUGGGCAAGAAGCUGGGACAGACCAUACCCUCUCUGGGCUUCCAGAAUCUACUGAGUGUCAAUGAGACCCACACCAGGUAUCGUGGUUGGCUGGUGAGGAGAGUGUGCUGUGUGCUGUUGGUCAGAGGCUGCAGGGUCUACCCUAGUCCUGCUACUGACAGAGUGGAGCGAGUCUCCCAAAGCAACAGGGUGCAGAAGGCUCUCUCCUCACCACACAUAGCACCAGUGGGGGGAGACACCCGGGGUUCACUCACCCGCCUCACCCCCUACCUCCCCCUCAUCAACACCUGCAUCUCUCCACAGCUCCUACGGCUGGUAGGCUGGGUGCUGCUGAAGGUGUUUGGGUCAGUGUUCUGCAGUGUUCAGGUCAACCUGAACCACAUGGCUCCCCUGCACAAAGCCUCAAAGCAGGGUGCUUCACUGGUGUAUGUGUGUGUGCCUCAGAGUAUCGUGGACUAUGCUCUCAUCCCCCUGGUUCUCUUCUGUCACAACCUGAGAGUGCCCUACACACUCUGUCACCUACAGAUACACAACUACUGGCUCAGGUCAGUCCUGCAGAGACUUGGCGUGGUCCUCCUCCCACCAGGUCCAAUCACAGAACAGGAAGCAGAGACCGACAACCUCUACUCAUCAGUUAUGACCUCCUUGGUUGGUGAGUUGCUGUGUGAAGGCCAGGUACUGAGUCUGUGUGUGUCAGGAGAGAGUUGUCGAGGAGGGCAAUGGUUGGCACGCAUCAGACUGUCUGUGAGAGAGGGAGCGGUGCCCGACGUCCACCUGGUUCCAGUGGGCAUCUCCUACGACUGUGCCCCCAACACCAGCACACCGGUUGGUCUGCUGUCUGCUCUGAGGUGUGUGUUCUCCUUGCUAUGCGGCAGCCGACAGAGAGGUAGUGUGAGGAUCCACUUCGCCCAGCCCUUCUCUCUAAAGGAGAUGUGUGACACAGGGAGGUGUCGUGUGGAUAGAGGACGCCCUCUACAGGACCUCCUGCUCCCUACCAUUCUACACACGAGGUCUGAUGCGAUAUUUGGCCAGAGGAUGAUGUCAUGGGUCCUGCCCCCUCGUUAUGUGCCUGAGCUCUGCCAGUCAGAGAGAGACCUCAGCAUCGCCCUCACCCUGCACCUCAUCUACUCCACUAUGUCCUGCAUGGCUGUGAUGUCUACUAGCCUGGUCUCCUGUCUUCUACUGCACAAACACCGCAAGGGUGUGUGUCUGUCUGUGUUGUGUCGUGACGUGGCCUGGCUGCUGGAGGAGAUCUUGUUCAGGAACAGAGACGUGGGCUUUGGGGGGAGUCUGGUUGGGGUGGUCUACCACUCCCUCACCCUCCUCACCCCUCACCUCACCCUCGCUGCCCAUCCCAAAGACAGGUCUGAUCCCCUCAUCGCUCCCCACCCCUCUCUCUCCGCCACUCUCUCUCUUUCCCGCCAUGCCCAGAUACUCUCACACACCUUCAUCCAUGAGGCCGUCGGAGCGUGUGCGGUGUCGGCCAUGCUGUGUGAAGUGGCAGGCUGUGGGGGCAGUAGCAGGGUCAGGGGUGAAGAGAUUAAAGGUGACGAGGUCAGAGGGGAGAUGGAGUUUGACGUGGCACUGUGUCAGGACGAACUGACUGAGAGAGCCCUGCAACUCACACACCUACUGCCCCCGGGGUAUAUGCCUCCGUGUCAGUCAUCACAUGGCUUUGCUCUGGAUGCAGUGGACACACUGGUGCGUUGUGGCAUCCUAGUGAUGGAGGAGGUUCCUAGGGACACUCCGAUCUGUGAUUUCUGGAGGAAGGAGGGUACUCUGACCUGGAGUGCUUCAGACGACCACUCUGACUCUGACUGUGAAGAAGGAGAUGCACGCUCCUUCAAGUUGAGCCAGCCCAGCCAAUGUCCAGAACUGCUGUUCUUCCUGUGCAGUCUGAUGGCUGGCUACCUAAGGGCCCUGUGCUGGGCUACAGAAGGACUAGACCUCCUAGACACUCCCCUACCAGAGGCUGUGUGUUUGGGCCAGAUACACUCCCACCUGUGUGACACCGCCCAGAGGGACAGGGGACACUAUGAGAGCUGCUCAGAGGAGAUGGCAAGUGUGACAGUCAGGACGCUGACAGACCUGGGGGUGCUGGUUGAGGAGCAGCAGAGAGGAUGUGUGUUCCUGGGAGUCAGUCCACUCUUCCAACAGACAGACAAUAGACAGAAACUCCACAGCUUUGUAUCCCAGUUCCUCUAUGACUAAUACACACACACACACACACACACACACACACACACACCACGAGAGAAAGACCAAGCAGUGAAUGACAGUAAAGUCUAUAUACUGAAGCUUAUUCAAUCAUAAUUAAAGCAGAUAUUUCCCUCUCCUAACUCACAGCAGAGGUUAUGUGUUUAGAACAUAAUGUAAAAUCCUUUCUGAACAGUCUGCUGACUCCUAGCUCUAUAAUGUGUUUACAUGAUCAAGUCGUUGGAAUUAAGUUGACAUAUUACUUUUACUUUUCUCAGGCUAUUUUUUCUCAAAUCUGAAUGUGUGUUUCAGUUUAGUAAGAGACUUUGUAUGAGUCUAUAAGGAACCGGAACAUUGGGUCUCGUUUCAGUUUAGAUGUUGCCUUUGGCCAAAGAUGUGAUGACUUGUCCUGGAGCAGUUCUACUUUUUGGACACACCAGAGAAAUUGAGAGAAGAUUUGUGUUUCUAGUGUUAAUGAUGUAGAAUAGCUCAGUGGAAAGUGUCUAGCAAGAUUUUGUUAAUAUAUGAUGCUCUUUGUUAUGUUC